CUAACUUUCAAAUUCCACACAUACACACACAUACAGGACGUGGAGGUUCAGCUGGGAACAAGUUUCGCAUGUCACUGGGUUUACCAGUGGCUGCUACUGUAAAUUGCGCAGAUAACACUGGCGCUAAGAACCUUUACAUAAUUUCGGUGAAAGGCAUCAAGGGCAGGCUCAACCGUCUUCCAUCUGCUUGUGUUGGGGACAUGGUGAUGGCCACUGUGAAGAAAGGGAAGCCUGAUCUCAGGAAAAAGGUCAUGCCAGCUGUUAUUGUAAGGCAGAGAAAGCCAUGGCGCCGAAAGGAUGGUGUUUUUAUGUACUUUGAAGAUAAUGCGGGUGUCAUAGUGAAUCCGAAAGGAGAAAUGAAAGGAUCUGCCAUCACAGGGCCAAUUGGGAAGGAGUGUGCGGAUCUAUGGCCUCGUAUUGCCAGUGCAGCAAACACUAUCAUCUAAGUUCAGAAACAUUAGAAUUUGACUUUAAUUUGGUUUUUGUUGAGAGUUGUUAUAUCUGUUCGAAGUUGGAUUUGUUGCUCUUUUUAAUGUUUUGAAAUAGAAAUGUUUUGAAAUAGAAUUUACCGUGUGGAGUCUCCUCAUUUUUGUAUGGUCUGGUUUUAGUGGGCUUUGCAGAUCAAUGUUGAAACUUUAAAUCAUUUUGUUAGGUUGAAAUUGAAUUAUAAGGCCUUGUCCUUCUUUUUGUGGUUU